AUAUCGAUAUUCGAUAUUGAUACAGGUACACAUCUGACGUGCGUGUACGUGAAACUAUGUAUGCGCGCAUCGCGAUCUGCUACCUAUUGCAGGUUCUUAUUCGGGCGAAGGGGAGGAUAAGAAUUCGGCACGGAUUCCAUUCGAUUGCCGGUUUUUUCCUGGGUCAAGCUACGAACUUUGAAGCCAUGAAGCAAGAAACGCCACCCAGAGCAACGCCAGCAGUGAGAGCUGAAUGCAGAACUAGCGGCAAUUCGAUUUCGCACUCCUCAGCCACCACCCCUUCGCGUUUCAGAGCCACCCCAAAGGUUAAGGAGUCAUUGAAGGCAGCGGGUGAUGUUCCGAGAGACAGAGCAAAGUCAGUGCCUCCAGAUGUGAAGAACGAUUCAAAGGCCCAAAGGUCUCUUGUGCUCAGAAACCCCAAAUCUGGGGACGUUGCUGCGGGAUCUCAAAAGGGUAGGGAGCUUGAGGAGGCGAAAAUCGGGGGUCGAGCCAGGGCGGCCCGCACGGUUGUCGAGCAGUUUGCUCGGCCGCGGCGGCUGCGGCCGGGUGUGAGCUCUGUUACUAGCAGGAGAAAUGAGGAUGGAGUGGUGGAUGGGAAUAAGAAGAAGCGUGAGGAAUUGCAAGAGAAGUUCGAGUUAAAUGAGAAUUUGGUCAAGAGUUUGCAGAGUGAGGUGUUGGCUUUGAAGGUAGAAUUGGAAAAAGCACUGAGCUUGAAUGGGGAGUUAGAAUCAAAGAACAGGAAACUUACAGAGGAUCUUGCUGCUGCUGAGCACAAAAUAGCAACUCUUAGCAGCUUUGAUCAGAGGGAGUCAACUAAGGAUUUCGAGAGUCCCAAAUUCAAAGACAUUCAGAAACUGAUUGCCAAUAAGUUGGAUAAUUCAAAAGUAAAGAAGGAAGCUUUCAGUGAGGCUAUCUUUAAGACUACGCUGCCUGCAGAGCCGGCGAGUUCAAUACCAAGAGUUAUUGAUAAUAAUGCAAAGCCUCCACCUUGCCCGUCCCUGCCACCUCCGCCUCCGCCACCUCUUCCCUCCUCCCGGUCCCGGGCCAGAGGAUCUGCAACCCCUAAAACUCCUGCAGUCGUAGAAUUUUACCGCUUACUGACGAAGCCAGAAGAGAAGAAGGACGAAUCAAGAUCAAAGGAUUCCAAUAAACCAGCGGUUACAAGUGCACAUAGUAGCAUAGUCGGAGAAAUCCAAAACCGUUCCGCUCAUCUUUUAGCUAUCAAAGCAGAUAUUGAAACCAAAGGGGAGUUCGUUAAUGGUCUUAUCCAGAAAAUUCAAGCUGCUGCUUUCUCAGAUAUUGAGGAGGUCCUAAACUUUGUGGAUUGGCUUGAUAAUGAACUUUCUUCCCUGGCCGAUGAGCGGGCUGUGUUGAAACAUUUCAACUGGCCAGAGAAGAAAGCUGAUGCCAUGAGAGAAGCUGCAGUUGAAUACCGAACUCUUAAGCUGCUCGAGAGUGAGAUUUAUUUAUAUGAGGACGAUAUGGAGGUUCCCUGUGGAAGUGCGUUGAAGAAGAUGGCUGGCUUACUAGACAAGUCCGAGAGAGGGAUUCAGAAGCUCGUCAAACUGCGAAGUUCGGUUAUGAGAUCGUAUCAGAAUUGGAAAAUCCCAACUGAUUGGAUGCUCGAUUCGGGAAUGGUGUACAAAAUAAAACAGGUUUCAAUGAAGCUGGCUACCAUGUACAUGAAGAGAGUGACGACAGAGUUUGAAUCCAUGCGGAACUCGGACAGGGAAUCAACCCAAGAAGCUCUACUGCUCCAGGGUGUUCAUUUCGCGUAUAGGGCCCAUCAGUUUGCAGGAGGGCUUGAUUCGGAGACAUUGUGCGCUUUCGAAGAGAUUAGACACCGUAUCCCCGGACAUUUCCAAGGGUCUCAACAUCUGCUGGCUGGCAUAACCUCAUCUUGAGAACCCCGCGUAGCGUUGAGCGGGUUGGUUUACGCAUCGCGGGCAUCCGAGUGAAUGAUCGGCACACGAGAUUCGUUUUCGGCAUGUCCCCGACGGAUAACUUGGAAAGGCCGUCAGAGCAUCUCGGAACACAUAUUAUCUCUGUAGAAGCCGUCAAGGCUCGGUAGUUCUCAUGAAAAGAGUGUAGUUCGUCUACGCGACGAUGUGCAGCAUGAGUUAGGAGCUCAAUAACUGUAAUGGCGACAGUUAAAUUCCUGCGGUUUUUUCUUGUGAGAUUCAUCAACGAUUACUUGCAAAAAAAAAUUCAGGAGUGAUGCUUUACCGAUGUUGCCAUCCUGAAAACAA